UGAAAAAAGUUCUAAACUGUAUUUAUGUGUGGCGACAUUGUCGCAUAUUUAAUAAAAAGCUGGAGAACGGCGAACGGAAAAACACGUUCACAGCUAAUUUAAGCUUGAUCGAUCAGGAAUUCGUUUAUAAUGUUGGAGUCGAUAUUGAAUUGUUUUUAAAAAAGCGUUUGAGCAGUGGUGUGCUGCUCUUUCCACCUGUGAACAAUUAUCGCCGUUAUCUCAUACAUCAAACAUGUGAGAACUAUCGACAGCAAUACGAUCUUUUAACGUUUUCCGUGGGUCAAGGCCCUCAUCGACGCACGGUUGUCUGUUUUCGUAAUCAGCUUAUCGAUCCGCACGGAUUUGAAUCCCGUAAACACGAACAGCAGCAGCAACAACAACAACAACAGCAGCAUCAGCAACAACAGCCAGUGAAGAGCUGGCGAAGCAACGGUAGAAGCAGCAGCGCAAGCAGAAAACGCGUAACGGAACUGUGUAAAAUGGGCGUUAAGAAGCAUAUCAGCGAAACACCUUUAAGUAAAUCGAACUCUGUGGAUCUCUACAGGCCGCCCGCACUCAGGCACAACAGCAGUGAGGAAGCAACAGCAGUAGCUGCAACGAACGAAACGGUGCCAGAGACUGCCGCAGCACCACAAACUACAACAACAACAGAAAUAAUCUCGACAACUACCUCAGUCGCACGCAAAAGGUCUCCAGGCAGAGAGCAAGCAAGCGCCGCCGCGGCCGAAGCAGCAGCAGCAACGCGUCGUGAACGACGUCCCGAUCGAGCGGUUUAUGUGCCAAGGGCACGACGCAGUCAAACAACGCCUCCAACAACAACAACAACAACAACAGCAGCAGCGGCAAUGCCGACGCCAACGCCAACCGGAGCAGCAGCAACAGCACCGACUACGUGCACUCCACAGCUACAGCCACAGCCAUUAGGCAUGCCAGUUGUGAAUGCAAACCCGUCGAAAUCAGACGACGGCAACGGUCAACAGCAGCAGCAGCAGCAGCAUCAGCAAGCGAAAACAAAGAAAUCAAGAUCUCGCAGAGAUCGCGGAAAGAAAACAGUUGGCAAAACGAUUGAGCCAGAUACGUUGCUUGUGAUUGCGCCUAGCGAAAACCAAGCCAAACAGAUACCAACGUCAGGACUACCAUCAGAUAACUGUGAUAAGGAGACCAUGCGAACAAAGACGAGCAAAACCCACAAACAGCAACAGCAGCAAUCGUUGCGCAUCGAAGAUGCUGCGCUGCCAAGAGCCAACAGCAAUGCGCCAACGACUGAGGAUGCGAACAAAUGUGAUAACGAAGUGCGCGAAUUGCAGCGAGCCUCCAAGGAAAUCAAUCGCAGCAACCGUCGCAUCAUGAAACAAACUUUUGUAUCGGAUGUGCUUGAGAUACCCGAAAAGAUUGAAUCAGCGCCCAAGACAACCAAUGUUGCUGCCACCGCAGUAGCAACAGCAGCAUCCGCUGCAUCGCUUACGCCACCUGCCGAUAGCACCACCGAGGAUGACGAUGAGGAAAAUGAAGAUGACUGGGAGAAUAUGUUUGACGAGAACGGUGACUGUCUGAAUCCAAAGAUUCUGCAGGAGCUCACCGAAUCGGUAGGCAAAUGCAAAAUUGAAUUGCCCAAAAUGGAUUAUAGCCUUUAUCACAUUAAGCAAUCGCUGCUCAAUGAGGAGGAGUUUCCGCAUGGCGAACGUACGGGCGCCAGUUCGUUUUGUUUGUGGGUCACGCAGCUUUUCAGUCCCCUCUUUCGCGAGCUGCUUUCAACGAGACAUGUUGACAUUCACGAAGCAGUGCCCAAAGCGAACGAACGUAAAAUUGGGUCAACAUUAGUGAAUUUUGUAUAUUUGUUAAGUAAAUCGAACUCUGUGGAUCUCUACAGGCCGCCCGCACUCAGGCACAACAGCAGUGAGGAAGCAACAGCAGUAGCUGCAACGAACGAAACGGUGCCAGAGACUGCCGCAGCACCACAAACUACAACAACAACAGAAAUAAUCUCGACAACUACCUCAGUCGCACGCAAAAGGUCUCCAGGCAGAGAGCAAGCAAGCGCCGCCGCGGCCGAAGCAGCAGCAGCAACGCGUCGUGAACGACGUCCCGAUCGAGCGGUUUAUGUGCCAAGGGCACGACGCAGUCAAACAACGCCUCCAACAACAACAACAACAACAACAGCAGCAGCGGCAAUGCCGACGCCAACGCCAACCGGAGCAGCAGCAACAGCACCGACUACGUGCACUCCACAGCUACAGCCACAGCCAUUAGGCAUGCCAGUUGUGAAUGCAAACCCGUCGAAAUCAGACGACGGCAACGGUCAACAGCAGCAGCAGCAGCAGCAUCAGCAAGCGAAAACAAAGAAAUCAAGAUCUCGCAGAGAUCGCGGAAAGAAAACAGUUGGCAAAACGAUUGAGCCAGAUACGUUGCUUGUGAUUGCGCCUAGCGAAAACCAAGCCAAACAGAUACCAACGUCAGGACUACCAUCAGAUAACUGUGAUAAGGAGACCAUGCGAACAAAGACGAGCAAAACCCACAAACAGCAACAGCAGCAAUCGUUGCGCAUCGAAGAUGCUGCGCUGCCAAGAGCCAACAGCAAUGCGCCAACGACUGAGGAUGCGAACAAAUGUGAUAACGAAGUGCGCGAAUUGCAGCGAGCCUCCAAGGAAAUCAAUCGCAGCAACCGUCGCAUCAUGAAACAAACUUUUGUAUCGGAUGUGCUUGAGAUACCCGAAAAGAUUGAAUCAGCGCCCAAGACAACCAAUGUUGCUGCCACCGCAGUAGCAACAGCAGCAUCCGCUGCAUCGCUUACGCCACCUGCCGAUAGCACCACCGAGGAUGACGAUGAGGAAAAUGAAGAUGACUGGGAGAAUAUGUUUGACGAGAACGGUGACUGUCUGAAUCCAAAGAUUCUGCAGGAGCUCACCGAAUCGGUAGGCAAAUGCAAAAUUGAAUUGCCCAAAAUGGAUUAUAGCCUUUAUCACAUUAAGCAAUCGCUGCUCAAUGAGGAGGAGUUUCCGCAUGUGCUGGAGAUCUCGAAUUUCCCUGUGGAAUUCAAGACACCGGAUUUGCUAAUGCUCUUCUCGCAAUACAAAAGUGCCGGCUUUGACAUUAAAUGGGUGGAUGAUACACAUGCUCUGGCCGUUUUUAGCAGCUCCCGCAUUGCUGCUGAAGUCUUGACCAUGGGUCAUCCAUUUGUUAAGUUAAAACCACUGGCCGAGGCCACAUUGGAGUCGCGUCUCAAGGCGAAGAAGGCGGGCGCCACUUCGCUUCAGCCUUAUCGACAACGACCAGAGACUUGUACGGCGUUGGCGCGUCGUCUGGUGUCCGGUGCUCUUGGUGUUAAGCUGCCUACAGCACCGGAGGAAAGGGAGAACGAAAGGCGUGUCCUACGCGAAGCCAAAGAACGGAAACUUUUAGCUGCCAAACAGCGCGACGAGGUCUGGGAGAGCUAGGCCACGGCGACGAGUUGCAUGAAUGCAUUUUCGGCGGUAUGCUACACAAUUGCUGCCCCAAAUCCAACUCUCACUCUCCCCUCGUUCUUCCUCUCUUUCUCUCUAUUCCUUUUCACUGUCUCAAUCAAAGCUAGUUUAUAACCUAAAGAUAAAUUGUACG